UCAUCCACCCGACCAAGUUCCGCGGUUCUCGUCACGAAGCCUCAACUGGAAGAAAAUAAGCCCUGGUGAGGAGGAGACGUCCAGUCAAACCGUGGAGAAAAGUCAAAGAUAAUUAAAUAUUACAGAUAAGAAGUGAAAGCGGCAAGAGUAGGCAGCAGUGUUCAAGUCUACCGCUUCCAUCCCUCUCUCGGUGUAAAGACAUUAAUCCAGUUUUGACUCUACGCGUAUCGGAGUGGGAGCCAGGUCCCCUCCCAGUGUGUUGACGGAUCCCGCUGAGCUCCAAGGGACGGAGACACCGACAGGAGGCUGAUUGCUGACCCGGACAGGAGCUCCAGGGGAAGGAGACACCAACAGAAGGCUGAUCGCUGACCCGGACAGGUAAACGGGGGUCUGGGUGCCUUUUCUCCACCAGCAGCAACAGUGUCCCGUUGCCAAGGAUGUCUUCGAAGACGCCCAGUGCCAACAGCAUAGCCCAUGCACGCAGAACAGUGCAGCAGCUCAGGAUCGAGGCCAGCAUCGAGAGAAUCAAGGUGUCCAAGGCCUCGGCGGACCUGAUGAACUACUGCGGCGAACACGUCAAGUACGACCCUCUGGUGAUGGGCAUCCCCGCUUCGGAAAACCCCUUCAAGGACAAAAAGCCCUGCACUAUAUUGUAGUGGAGGGCUGCCCUAGCCUUCAUGUUUAUGAUUAUUAUUUUCUGCUAAUUAAUGUUGCUGUAUUCUUUUUUUUGGGGGGGGAGGGGUGUGAUUUUCUAGUCUCUCACUAAUUAACUCCAAAUGCAUUGCAUUUUCAGUUUUUCCAGUUCAACCACUUUGUUCUCAGAAUACGACACAAAACAAAGCCAUAAUCAGCCUGGAGGUGGGGAAAGGCUGACCUGCCAUGCAGUGUUAUAAUGACACACAUUAUUAAUGAUUAACAAUUAUUGAUUUACGAUUGAUUAUUAUCUUAAUAGCACUUUAGCAGGGCUAUUAAGAUGCUGCAUAUUGACCCCUGAAUACUAAAAAAAAUAAAAAAAUGGUGCGAUAUCUUCUUUUCUCGCUCAAUUAAUUCAAUUCAGCCUUUCUUUAAUAAUACUGCAGGCUGCUCUGGCACAGUCCACUUGCAUCAUGGAUUGAGUUCUUCAUUCAGACACAAGUUAAAAUACACCCUUAGGGCUGUUUGACUGUUGAAAAAUGUCUGGCUCAUCAGCUUACAGACUGAAAAGGUCUGGUCGUGAUGACGAUGAUGAUGAUGAGUGCUGUCCAGCUGAAAUGUAUUUAAAAACAACGCAGUCAUACACUUGAAAGCUGUAGGAUGUGACACAGUCACUAAGCAAAGGUUUAAAAUGACAUUUUCCACAAAUGGUAGGUAGUGUUGACCUGUGCAGGCGAUGACCACUCAGCUCCAGUGGUCAGGCAGUCAUUACUUCCUGCCUGAGCCUGGUGGUAUUUUUAAAGAUCACACAUUCCUCGAGCUUAUGAUGAUAGAAUUCCAUUCAAACUCCUUAAGCUGAUACUGAAAAAUAUUCUAUUUGAACUUUUCUUGCUCUUCAGUUUGUGUCGAUUCAGCUUGCCAAUUGAUAAAUGCUUUUGCAAAGACGCCGUAGAUAACCCAGAGAUAUAGGAGGCCGAUAAUAGUGGUGCCUAAUUUAGAUAACGACACGUAAUUUCCCGCAUUAGGUACCCCUCCCUUCCGAAUCUUACGUCAACUAGAAUUGCAGGAACCUUCUGUCACUAUUUUUAGGUUAAUCAUCUUCUACUGUUCCUCCUUGAUAGAAGACCAAGUUAGGGAUCAAGCCAAAUAUGCGUGCGAAUGAAAACAUCCAUUUUACUUUGAUGUUGUUUUUUUAAUGACUAUGAUAUUGCAGAAGCCUUAAGGAAAGAAUCACCUGACCUGGUUAUUAAAAUGUCAUCUCUGUGGCCCAACCUCUGCUGACAAACACAAUGGUGAAAUUGGAGGACAAAAGUCCAAUCUGAAUUAGCACUGAGUGGGCAUGCAAUAUUUGCGUUUUUUAUAAUGCGCCGACAACCAAUGAAAUUACAGUGGGUAGAAUUAGCAUGGAUUCUACACAUUUAAGAAGAAUGAUGAUAAUACAACUUGUAGCCAAUCGAAUGGCUGCCUCAGAAUUUGAAAGGUUUUAUUGUUAAUAAUAAUAAUUUGGCAGGAGUUACCCCAGUUGAAUCGCUUUGCGUUAUGAUAUCCGGCUACGCAAUAACUUUUUUAAAGUAUUAUGUGACACUGUGAGCUGUUUUAACAUAUGCAUAACAAGAGUUUCUCAAUAUCUUCAAUGUGUACUGUAUGCUUUAAUGUUUUUAAAGUGCUUGGGGACUAGAUGCCAUCGAUUACGUGCAUUAACUGACACAAACUAUCAAUCUACCUUUCUAAAAUCCUCAUUUAUUUUGCAGUGUAUAGGGCAUGGUGGCUUUGUUAAUAAAUUCCUAUUUGAACUGUGAAAUAUCUUUUAGAUUAGUUGAGGGGUUCUGGUUAGCAUAAUAUCAAUUGAAUAGAACUGAUUAUUCCUACACUCAAAAGCCUUACUUAUGUUUGCCUUGUAUUAUAAAAAAUAAGCCUUGGGAGUAUUGAUGUUGGCGUUUCCAUCAAAUGUUUUCUGUCCAUGUGCUGAAUGUGAUUUCUAACUGUAUUGUGCCAAUGUUUUGUCUUUGUGUUGUCGCUAGUACCGGUGGUUUGAUAAUAUUGUACUUCCUGGUGCUGCAGUAUUCAUUGGUUUUGUAACCACUUGCCUUCUCCAAAGGGUAUAUUUUAGGUCUUCAAAUUUGUAGAGUAAAGCAUUGUUAAUUUCCAUCAUAGUGUUUUUAUGAUUUAAAAAACUAAUGAUAUUUGCAAUGCAUUGUUAAGUCACCAUUGUAAACAACUUGAAGGAAAUAUACAUAAGCACUGCAGCUUUUUCGACCUGCUGGUCUACCUAUCCAUUGAACAAUUCAGAAAAAGUUGCCACUAUUCAACUAGAGAAAAGGAAUAAUUCCACCUUCAGUAUCUACAGUUUGGUGAUUAUUUUAUGAAUCGGGUGUCGGGCACAGCAUAAUGAUAUAUAUAUACUCAGCAUAAGAAUAUCAUGUUACUAUCUAAAUAAAAACAAAAACAAUGGUGUUCAACUGGUGGAGACCAAGAAUAAUGUCUUUCAACGUUUUUUUCCUUUCUACGAGACAUUGAGAAACUGUGAUGAGGCUAUCCUUGCUGUCAGAUGGAAUCCCAUCCGUGAAUAGUGAUGCCAUUCAAGGAAGAUUUGAACCUGUGGAAUCUGAUUUGUUCAACUUCUAACCAACAAGUAAAACCAACCCUUUGUCUCUCUGCUGAGGCACAGUCUUACUGUUGGUAAUAAACAAACGCUUGGUACGGCAUGCUGCUGCGGAGGUUGACUCCACAUCUCAUAGGGGCUUGAACUGGAUUGGUGCAUACAUACUAUGCUCCUGUUAUCGUUAGUCAACAGAAGAAAUAAGGGCAUACAAUA